CAGAAAAAUACCCACUUUCAUUUUAAUUUUUUUUUUCUUCAUAUCAUUGCUUCGGGGUUAUUGAGUGUGCAUAUUUGUUUUACAAUAGCUGAAAGUCUGAAAAUGUAAAUAUAGUAAGGUUUAGGGUUAGAAAGUGGCUAAUUGUCACACAAGUUGGCUGUAUUUCAGUAGGCUAACAAUAACGGUUUGAAUGUUUGCAUAUUUUCAUUUAUUUCGAAUCUGUACAAAUCACAUUGACUUUAAUAUAAGAACAACACGUCUAAUGGAGCUCCUCCUCACAAGAAGUAUGUGUGCGAGAGGGUCUGCAUCUGCGUGAGAGAGGGAGAAAGGCAAAUUGUGCAGGUUUCUCCUCCCAUUGGCGACUUCGCACGAUGGCAAUGUUGAGCAGUGUAGGGUUGAUCAUGAUCAUGUGACAGACAGCUUUGGGAGAGAACAGCUCUGAACACAGAAACAUCAGGCGCAACUACAGGAGUUUCCACUGCGCGAGAGACAGAGCCUAUAAGUGAACAUUGCCCUGCUUUAAAACCGUUAUUCAAGUGCUCUGAACGACGACGACGGUCUGUGGAAAGUUCUGGGGAGAAGCAGUUUUCAACAGCUUGGAUAAAGAAACGUUUGGUGGCGAUAAAAUAUUCUCUGUAGAAGAGGACAGACGCGCAAAUCUCAGCGGGCAUGCGGGAGUUUUUGGAGUUAUUUGACGGCAAACGCUCUACAAACAAAUAAGAACUUUCGCGCAGAUUCCUUUCGUUAAUUGCGUCAUCAGUUGUUUUUUAAAAUCCGAUGAUUGGGGGUGAUACAAAGUUUCAACACUGCGUUUGAAAAGUAGCAACAUCGGGGCAGGAGUUUGGAAUAAAACAGGGAAAACAUAUCAAACCCCUCCGUUUGCUAUUUUUUUUAUUUUAAAAUUUUUUUUUUUUUUUUUUUUUAGGCGGCUGUCGUGUUUUCCCAAAUUGUAACUCCUUUUUGAGUUUUUUCUUUUUUUUUUGGAGGGUAAUAUUUUAAACAUGGUUGGGGAAAUGGAAACGAAGGAGAAGCCUAAGCCGACUCCUGAUUAUCUGAUGCAGCUCAUGAACGACAAGAAACUGAUGAGCAGCUUGCCAAACUUCUGUGGUAUCUUCAACCAUCUCGAGCGACUGUUAGAUGAAGAAAUUGGAAGGGUACGGAAGGACAUGUACAAUGACACUCUGAACGGCAGCACAGAUAAAAGGACUUCCGAGCUCCCAGAUGCUGUGGGGCCCAUUGCACAACUCCAAGAGAAACUCUACGUGCCUGUCAAAGAAUACCCAGACUUCAAUUUUGUGGGAAGAAUCCUGGGGCCCCGGGGCCUGACAGCCAAACAACUGGAGGCAGAGACGGGCUGCAAGAUCAUGGUGCGAGGCAAAGGCUCCAUGAGAGACAAGAAGAAGGAAGAGCAAAACAGAGGAAAGCCCAACUGGGAACACCUGAAUGAAGACCUGCAUGUCCUCAUCACUGUGGAAGACUCUCAGAACCGUGCUGAGAUCAAACUCAAGAGAGCUGUCGAGGAGGUCAAGAAACUCCUAGUCCCUGCGGCCGAAGGUGAAGACAGCUUGAAAAAGAUGCAGCUGAUGGAGCUGGCCAUUCUCAACGGCACUUACAGAGACGCCAAUAUCAAGUCACCCUUAGCCUUUUCCCUGGCCGCCACAGCACAAGCUCCCCGCAUAAUCACCAGCCACUCCCAGAUGAUGCAACCUACGGCACUGCGUACCCCUGCACCCUCUGCACCCACCCUCAUGCCUCUCAUCCGGCAGAUCCAGACCUCUGCCCUCAUGCCCACGGGCGCGCCCCACCCCGGUGCAACCCUCGUACCCCAGACCCCCGAGUCAGGCAUCAUCUAUGCACCCUACGAGUACCCCUACACCCUCGCCCCUGCAACCUCCAUUCUUGAAUAUCCUAUUGACUCAAGUGGUGUUUUAGGUAUGGCUUUCCCGACAAAAGGUGCAGUGACUACUAAAGUACGAAGGCAGGAUAUGCGCGUCCAUCCUUACCAAAGGGUAGUGACCGCAGAACGAGCCGCCACCGGCAACUAACCAAUGACCCUCUGAACUCUUCACCCAAUGAUGACCUGACCAUUGCCUGCCUGCUGACCAGUUCUCUGGCUCUCGUCCUUCGCUUCUAUGUUUUGGCGGCCUGCUGGUGAGCCCAGAAGCAGCUUUAAUUCGCUUAACACAGCCGAGAAGCCGUGAUGGCCCCACGCCACCACCCGCAGAACAGAAUCGCUCCCCUUCUCAAACUGAGGACCUCCUUGGUCAGGUGACCUGGGCUUCCCAGCCUGCACUGAAGUGUCAUAAAGCAAUAACGCUGUCUGGGCGACACCUAAAAUCCUACUGUUAGCCUUUCACAUGCACACACUAAAUAAACACAAAUCUUUAUUGGUUUCUUAAUGAUUAAGCAUAAUAUUCUCUAAGUUUGUGCACUGCAGUUCUCAUACCACCCUGAAGAGUUUGAAAAAACCCAGCAGUUUAUUUUAAAACUGAUUUAUAGGUCCAAAUGUCCAUAAGGGAUGUAAAAGCCAUGCUUGCCUACCAGCGUUUUCUUCAGAGAGCUGUCAAAUAGCAUUCACAUGAGCAAGUGUACAUCAAUUAAUAUCUUUUUGAUACGAGGGUGCUGCACAGGAAAUGAAUAUAUAUUUUUCAAAGGUGAUCCUUUUGUAUUAAAAAAACAAAGCAGUAUUGUCAAAAUGUGAUGAACAAACGACAAAAUUUUAGAGACCAAAACAGUGUCUUCUUUUAAUUAGAAAAAAAACAAGUGCCUUAUUUUACACAAUAUCAUCAAAUAUGAACAAGUAUGAAUGUCCAUCAGUGUGUUAUAUGCCAACAUAUCAGGUAUUUCUGUUCAAGUCCUCUUUAUUCAUGAAAACAAGAGGUGUACAGAACAAUGUCACAGGCAUUACACUCGAAAACUACUUUUUUUAUUUUAUUUUUUGUGCAUUUUAUAAUUUUUAUUUACAAAUAAUGAUUGAGUUUUACCCUGUCACACUACAUUAGGUGGUAAUUGAGCCCUUUGUGCUCACAAUCUGUUUGUAGUUGAUAAUGUAUAUGUACAAGCUCUCUAAUGUGUUUGUAGAUCCAUCACUACAUCUGUUACACAGAAUUGAAGCCCCCAAAUGUUACUGGUCGCAAUUUCCAUAUUUUUAGUCUGCUUGUAUCUCAAGAAGCAUUUAUUCCAUUCAUCAGGAUGAAUAUUAUAAAGGUUUGGGGUUAAUUAGUACAGAGCUAAUUUUAUUCCUUUUGAAGAAUUGAAGUGUACUAGAGGAGCAUGUUUGUAUGCAGACGUGUCACAUUUCUCCAUACCUUCAUAUGCAAAUGAUUUUCAGUUUUAUUAAAAUGACUGAAUAAAUUUCCUUCAGUUGGUCUUCCAGUUAAAAUGUCAGACCAUUUCAGUGCUGAAGAACAACAGUACUAGACGCGUAUUAACAAAUUAUAAUUACAUUUUCAUUAUUUGGUUAUCAUAACUGGAUUUUGAGAAGAUGCAUCUCCUUUUCUAAUAAUAUUGGUUGUAUUUAUGCAGAGCAAAUGCAAUACUUUUUAGACGUUUGAGGUUGUGAUGCAGUUGCAUGUAAUUUUUUUUAUUAACCUGGAAAUUGCUAAAGUAAAAAUCCUGCAAAUUCAUUUAACGGAUGGAAAUUGUUUUUACAAGGAUCUCUUAUCCUGUCAGAUUGACUAGAAACUGGAGUUGUUUGUUAAUGUGUGUUUGGGUUUUUUUUUGGUUUAGUGUUUGCUUUCCAUGCAGUAUUACUAUAGACUGUGUCAUUAUAUGUGUGAGCAUGUGUUUAUGGGUGAUUGUGUGAGUGACUGUUUAUGUAUUGUAUAUGCCAAUGAACUGCAACUCUCCAUUUAAGCUUUUUUUUUUUUUUUUUGCAAUCCCAAGCAGCUCCCUGCAUUGGAAAAUAUACAGUCCUAUUUAUAACCAUUGUAACAUUUUAUAAUGUAUUUUUCUAUCAUAUUUUGUAUGUGAGAAAUAACAUUAAAUCACAUUUCCAGAUAUGAACAGUAUGCCUUAUUACAAAGACAUAUUUUUCCCAUGAUGAUAUAAUUCCAUAGUUGAUGGAAAAUGGAAAAACUUAUUUGUUGAACAAUAUCACUUGGUUCCAGCCUCACUCUGAGCAAGUUUUAAAGUGGUUAUUAUUUGCUGGGGUGUUUGGUUUGUCAUUGUUGCUUUGCCUCUGUGCCUUCUUAUGUAAAUUGUAAGCUAUUAACCAUUUCUAGUUAUAUAAUUUGAUUAAUCGUUUCUUGCCGAUUGUACUAACAUUUGAUGAUUGAUUUCUAUUCAUUAACCCUGUCAAUAAUUUCUUUUGUCUGCUUUGAAUCUUUAGAACAGGAUUUGUGUGAAAUUAAGCAAAAGAGUGUUUUACUGACUGAAAUAUGCUGGACUAAACUCUGUACUGAGAAGCAAUAGCAAAAUAUUAAAAUCAUAGUUUUAAAAAAGAAA